AUGUAUAAGUUUGUGAUGAUUUCAAUGAUGGCUCUUCUGGCUAAAGUCAUGGCUGGUUAUGACGAUUCCGAUGAUGGGUACAGACCUUAUGAUGGUCGUGGUUACAAUAAUGUGGAUGUCAUAAUCCACCCUAUCCACGGUUAUGGUCAUGACGGUUACGGACAAGGUGGAUAUGCUAAAAGCAUUAGAUACGACCGACGUUACUAUAAUUAUGGGCACGGUGACUAUGACUACGGACACCCAGGCUACGGUGGCUAUGACUACGGACACCCAGAUGGUGGCUAUGGUUACGGACACUCAAAUGGUGGCUAUGGUUACGAAAAUCCAGGCUACGGUGGCUAUGACUACGGACACCCAGAUGGUGGCUAUGGUUACGGACACUCAAAUGGUGGCUAUGGUUACAAAAAUCCUGGGUAUGGUGAUUAUGAAGCUCAUAGAGGACAUGCAGGUUACUGA